CCACCAUCACUGCGCUUGCUGUCGUGAGUUUGCCAUGCUUUCUCCCUUCUUCCCGCCCUCUAUGCCUCUGGGAUAUUUCUAUGUUAUACCUUUCUCGCUGCGCUGUCUCACCGACAACAUCCACAAACAUCUGCUGCAUCAGCUCGUAAACCUGCUGGAUUCGAAUGUCCAUGAAUACGACUUACUUGACGGUACCGCAUUUCCCUGUCAUUGGUAUUCCUCUAUCCCGCCAGUGCUGGUUACAGACUGGACAUGCUCUCCAAUGGUUACCCGUAUUCCUUCAAUGAUACCAAUCUCGACCAGCAUACAUACAACGCCUGCUGACUGGGCUACUCCUCUGAUGCGAGCGAGUGAGACGAGCUUCACUGGAUCGCCUGUAUCUGAGAUCACAUUCGUCCCGGGGAGCCAAGACAAGUGGAUACUGAACGUGUGGAAGAAGGCGCGGUAUUCACUGGGCUUAGUAACCUUGCAUGAAACCAUCGACAUUGACCUCCGCCAAGUCAGCAUCACUGGCGACGUAAUAUCUCUCACCGAACACACUUCCAGGAUGCUCGUUUACAACCGGAAGCACGGCGAGAAAUCCUACCUUGAUAGCGUACGCGACAUGCAGCUCCGUCAACCUCUACACUAUCCCGCCCGUCCUCGACGCGAAAUGCACACCUCCAUUCCUACUCACUCUUUCGGCUGGGUCGAAAGCACCAGCGCAACACUCGUCUCCAUCCUCAUCCGCUCUGAGAGCGACAACCUCCGGGCAUCAUGCAUCAAUGCAUCAGAGCUCAAGUCGUUCGAACUGUACUCCCUCUCUUCCUUCCCACCAACCCUAACCAGCAAAAUAUCUUCCCGGCACGGUACGCUUCGAUGCACAGACGUCAUGCUCGGGAACCGUGGAACUGCAGUAUGGAUCCAGCCCCAUGAUCGCGCGAUGGUCUCCCACUGGAAAGAACACGAUGGCUGCGAGACGCUCAUGGCGGCCGUAAUCCCCGGACCGCUGAAUCCCACCGGACAAGUCCCCGUUCGACUGCUGCCUCAUGGCAAACAUGAGAUGGUAUACAUCAAUAACCUUGCGAAAGUCCGGGAGCUAUCGAUGUGGGUAGCAUGGAAUAAACCUACAUCUUCCGACAAUAGAGAUGUAAAUCAUCAAGCCGAGCCCAAUACAGUAGGCUCGGGCCCGGCUGGGCUCAGGCCGGCUCGGGUCAGGCUUGGGCUCAAGCCCAAGCCCGCACAUCACUAA